AUGAAUCUCCUUCCAUUCUGUGGAGGCUCCCCAUUCGUGUCCGAUGGAUUUCCCCGAGAACAUUGCAUUGCUCGGCACCAGCAACUUUAUCGCUCCGGACAACACCUCUUGCACGAGUUUAACGCUGGAAAUAGUCACCAUAGGAGCGGUGUUACACAGCUUUUUCACAAAGGUCACUCUCGGAAACCUUACGGGCGGAGGCAAGGAGAACCAACAACACACACCAAUACAGAGCGCGGAAGGGAACUCGGCCCUCCAGGGCAUCACGGUGGCAGCUCAAGCCUUGCUAUCUUCCUCAUCUCUAGUUUAGGGAAUUCUGCGGUGGUGAUUGUCAUAAUCAAACAUCGGCAGCUGAGAACCGUUACCAAUGCUUUCAACAUGUCCCUUUCACUGUCUGAUUUUUUUGACGGCCGUUCUUUGUUUACCGUUCUCGUUAAUGAUGUUCUUUAGCAAAGAUGGUGUGUGGAUGUUUGGAGACCGCUUCUGCGUCGCCAACUGGUUCUUCAACACAUGCUUUGGUAUUAUUUCCACACUGACAAUGACUCUAAUUUAUUUUGACCGCUAUUAUGCCAUCGUGAGGCAACCUCAUGAGAAGAUAGGCAGGAGGAAGGCCAUACAGCUACUGGUGGCUGUGUGGUUAACAGCAGUGUUUUUCUCCUUACCAUGGUACAUGGUGAUGCGAACAGCCAAGGAUCUAGUUGUCCAUAAAAUGGGCUUCUACCACUGUAUGUAUGUCUUUCACUCUGGUACCUCUAGGAUGGGUACCUACAUUUACAUUUACAUUUUAGUCAUUUAGCAGACGCUCUUAUCCAGAGCGACUUACAGGAGCAAUUAGGGUUAAGUGCCUUGCUCAAGGGCACAUCGACAGAUUUUUCACCUAGUCGGCUCGGGGAUUAGAACCAGCGACCUUUCGGUUACUGGCACUACGCUCUUAACCACUAAGCUACCUACCUCUUACAGUAUAGCUUUAAUAGUGGUGUGUUAUGUCCUCCCGUUGCGCUCAUGUGUUUCUGUCAUUACAACAUCUGUAAGACCGUUAGGUUGUCAGAAAUAAGGGUGUGGCCGGUGACAAUUUAUGCGAAUUUACUCCGGUUUUAUAGUGAGAUGAGGACGGCCACGACAGUGCUGAUAAUGAUCGUGUUUAUCAUCUUCUGCUGGGGCCCCUACUGUCUGAUGGGUAUCAUCACUGUCGUGGGGGAUUACUCCGUUAACCCUGUCAUGGACACCUUGGCCAUAUGGAUGGCAUGGGCAAACGGUGCCAUAAACCCGCUCAUUUACGUAAUUAGAAACCCAAACAUAUCGCUGCUUUUAGGCCGAAGCCGAAAGGAGGGAUAUAGGACUCGAAACAUUCCUGCCUACCUAUCCACACAAACCCAAAGCAGGGAUGUCAGAACGAGGGCCGACCGAAUCAGAGACCGGUAUGUGAGCAGGCACGGUGUUAACAGACGGUUGUCUUCCUCCAGCCCAGCGAACAGAGGAGAGGUUGCGAUGUGGGCUUGUAAUAACCCUGCGUUGUUCUUCUGUAGGGAUGCUCAGCCCAAUAGGUCCACUGUGUCCAAACUCGCGGUGCCAAAAGUUGAAACUGCAGAUACCAGUCUGUGA